AAGGGGCGGUGCGAGGCCGCUCUUACACGCGCCCUCAAUCGUGCAAUAUGGUAGCGAACAACAGUGCCCGGAUGACUCAGCGGCGCAGACUUAUCCUGAUAAGCCCUUUUGCACCUCCACGCCCAUGACUUUCCAGCUAACAUAUGUCCCUGGGAUUCCUCUUAAGAAUGGAAAGAAGAUCUGCAUGCUCUGAGGGGAAUGAAGGAUUUGGCUCUAGCAAAGGCCUGUGCAUUCUGAAGGAAUACUGAGAAUGUCAAAGUUUUCCCCUCCCCAAACAAAAUCCAGAGGUAAUGCAGUGCAAGUGGAUGUACCAAAAGAAGAAAAACUGACAUCAUUUUAAAAUGCCAAGAACUGUGCAGAUGUUCCUGAUGAUAUGAAAUUCUUACAUUGCUUCUGAAGAAAGCAACAGAAAGGGAGUUUUAUAACAUGAGCAUGUUUUUAGCUAACUGCUGAUAUUCAUGAGAUCUCCUAGUGGUACAUUCUUGAUAUAAUGGAGAUUCUGCUUCUUAAAGGACUGCUCUUGGUGCUGACCAGCUGCUUCAUUGGGCUCUUCUACUAUCAACAUCCAAGCCUCUCUUUCAGUGGGAAAAUAUCAGGCUGCAAAAAACCCAAUUUCAUAAUAAUUUUAGCAGAUGAUAUUGGAUGGGGUGAUCUUGGGGCCAACUGGGCCCUGAGAAAAGACACUCCUAACUUGGAUAAGAUGGCGAUGGAAGGAAUGAGGUUUGUAGAUUUUCAUUCUGCUGCCUCUACCUGCUCCCCAUCACGGGCCUCUCUGCUUACAGGGCGCCUUGGCCUUCGCAAUGGAGUGACCCACAAUUUUGCUGUGACCUCAGUGGCUGGCCUCCCAUUAAAUGAGACAACCUUAGCAGAUGUUCUGAAGGAAGCUGGCUACCUCACUGCCGUGAUAGGGAAAUGGCAUUUAGGACACAAUGGCCCUUAUCAUCCCAACUUUCGUGGUUUUGAUUAUUACUUUGGGAUACCCUAUAGCCAUGAUAUGGGCUGCACUGACACACCAGGCUACAACCUCCCUCCAUGCCCAGCUUGCCUCCGGCACUCUACAACAUUAAGGAAACAUCAGAAAGACUGUUAUUCUGAGACAGCACUUCCUCUUUUUGAAAACCUCAUAAUUGUCCAACAGCCUGUGAAUCUAACCAGCCUGGCUGCCAGGUAUACAGAGAAGGCGAUUCAGUUCAUUCAGUAUGCAAGCCAGAGUGGCCAUCCAUACUUCCUGUACCUCGCCUUGGCUCAUAUGCAUGUGCCUCUGACUUUGGCUGAGCCACCAUGGUGUCUGCCAUAUCAAGAUCCAUAUGGAGCAAACCUGAGGGAGAUGGAUGCUGUAGUGGGACAAAUAAAAGAUAAAGUUGACAGCACUGCCAAGGAAAACACAUUCCUGUGGUUCACAGGAGACAAUGGCCCUUGGUCUGAGAAGUGCGAAUAUGCGGGAAGUGUUGGUCCAUAUACUGGGAUCUGGCAAACAAAAAGAGAUGGGAGCUCAGCAAAGCAAACGACCUGGGAAGGGGGACACCGUGUUCCCACACUGGCCUAUUGGGCGGGGAAGAUCCCAACGAACGUGACGAGUUCUGUGAUGUUGAGCACUUUAGACAUAUUCCCUACCUUGGUGUCUCUGGCAAACGCAAACCUCCCUUCCAACAGACGGCUUGAUGGUAUGGAUGUAUCUGAAGUCCUCUUUGGGAAGUCAAACAAAGGACACAAGACAUUGUUCCAUCCCAACAGUGGGGCAGCUGGAAAAUACGGAGGGAUAGAGGCUCUUCGUCUUGACCAGUACAAGGCGUUUUACCUCACAGGUGGUGCCAAGGCCUGUGAUGGGAGCAUUGGAAAGGAACAACGCCACCAGCCACCUCUCAUUUUUAACUUACAGCAUGAUAUUCAGGAGCAAGAACCCCUAGACAUCAAGACAGCUGAGUACCGUACUGUCCUGCCAGCAGUAAACCAGGCACUUCUGGGUUUUCUUCAGGAUAUUGCAACAGACAAUGUGUCUAUAGCAGAUUACUCUCAUGACCCAGAUGUGAAACCCUGCUGCAACCCACAGCACGUGGUGUGCCGAUGCCAAUUGAUUUAUUCCAACUCAUCAUUGGGAAAAAGUAGGAAGAUGAACUGAAACACAAAGGUUUAUGAGCUAGAAUCCAUUCAUACCACCUUCCCCAUGAGGCCUGCAAGGCUCAAGGAAGGUGCAGAUUAAACUGUAGAGAAAUUUUCAAACCAAGACGUUUUAUUAUGUGAUAAACCAUCCUUCGGAAUUUUUUGUGGAAAGAUGGUAGAUGAAUAUCCUGAAUAAAUACUGGCAUUGGCA